AUGGGAGUUUGUAUAAGUAACAAUUAAUAAGCAUAAACAGAAAUUACAAUAGAUUAAAUGAUACCUGUAUAAUUGAAUAAAUCUGAUCAAUCUUUGAGUAAUUUAGUAGUUGAAGUAGAUAAAAUAUAAAUAAUUAUUUUAGCCAAGGAGAGGAGACAGGAAACGUUAAGCUAAAAUUGAAGUAGUUGAGGAACAAAUUCAUGAGAAUGUAAUUAAAUAACAAAAAGAGAAAAGUCCUUUUGAUUUUCAAAUGAUUUUGAAUGCAUUUGGCAAUCAUUUUAUGUUUGCUUAAUUGGAUAAUAAUGAUAAGUAAUGAU